AUGGAAGAACUCUCCUCCAUCAUGUUUGGGCCCGGGUUAGACCUGGCCCGAGGCGACCGGCUGGAAAAACAAUCUUUAGUCUUUCAGACGUCCUCAUGGUGCACUGCCCCCACUGCAGCCGGAGUCGUCUCUGAGAAGGAGGAGGAGAAGGAGAAGAAGAAGGAGGAGGAGGAGAAGGAGAAGGAGGAGGAGGAGGAGGAGGAGAAGGAGGAGGAGUAG